CCGCCGCGCGCUUUGCUACGCAAAUUCGCACCUGCAGCUCGGCCUUCUCAUUGGCUGAAACCGCAGUCAGAUUCCCACGCGGAAUUAUCUGAUUGAAAAUCAGGGCGGGGAGAAAAAGAGAGGGCAACAAGUGUGAUGCGUUCCUUUUUACGCUGCUUUGCUUUUGCCAACUUGUAGGAAAGGAUUUCUGCGACAGGUCUUUUUGUCCGCUGAGCAAAAGAAACGAGGGAUAUUAUUGAAAUAACUACAGCACUUUUUUUUGUUUAUUUCGACGCGGCGCUGCUCGGUUAACGGAUCAACAUGCCCCGAUCCUUCCUCGUGAAAAACAAGCGGUGCUCGUCCUACAAUAUCCACCGGUCUCACGAUGACGAGCCUGAGGCCCUAACGUGUAAAGAAGAAGCCUCUGAGGUCCACAGCGCCGACUGUGGCGACCGGCCUCGGUCUUCCCCUGCGGACCGCUGCUCCUUUGAGAAGGAGGAGGCAGAGCUAGAAGGCCCCCCCACCUCACCUGCUCACCGAGAGCCCCCCGGAGCCCCGGUGGCCCCCACGCAGCCGUACUACCUGAACGAGCCCCACAUGGCCGGAUUCGCUCCUUACUUCAAGCCGUCUUACGGCUGGGAGCCGUCCUCCUACAAGCUGCGGCAGAUGAGCUUCACCCCCACGGUGCUGCAGCACACCAGCAACCUGUACGGCCCCCGCGUGAGCCGCAGCCCGCAGCCUCAGCAGCCCCUGGACUGCAGCACGCACUACUCCCCCACCUCAGACACCUACCACUGUAUCACCUGCGAAAAGGUGUUCUCCACGCCCCACGGCCUGGAGGUGCACGUGCGCAGGUCGCACAGCGGCGGCAGGCCUUUCGGCUGCAGCAUCUGCAGGAAAACCUUCGGCCACGCCGUGAGCCUGGAGCAGCACAUGAACGUCCACUCUCAGGAAAAGAGCUUCGAGUGCAAGAUGUGUGGCAAAUCCUUCAAGCGCUCCUCCACGCUGUCCACGCACCUGCUCAUCCACUCGGACACGAGGCCUUACCCCUGCCAGUACUGCGGCAAGAGGUUCCACCAGAAGUCGGACAUGAAGAAACACACCUACAUUCACACCGGCGAAAAGCCCCACAAAUGCCAAGUGUGUGGCAAAGCGUUCAGCCAGAGCUCCAACCUGAUCACCCACAGCCGGAAGCACACCGGCUUCAAACCGUUCGGCUGUGACAUCUGCUCCAAGGGCUUCCAGCGGAAGGUGGAUCUCCGGCGGCACCACGAGAGCCAGCACGGCAUGAAGUGAAGCGUCCGUGUUCACGCUUCCUGUCCACUCGAGGAAUAAGCUGAUAUUACGUUAUGACGGAAGGCGGUCAAGGGAUUGAGUAGUUGAUGAAAAUGCAUAUGAGUUAAUAUAUUGUAUAAGUGUUUACAUGUGGAUGACGGAAAAGGGAAUGUGGAAACGGAUCCAUUUCUUUUUGGUUUCCUCUAAUUUAUUUAAAGUAUGCCUGAUGCGACGCCUUAUGUAUUAUAUUGGCUGCAGUAUGUGUGUGAGUUGCUAAACGCUUUCAGUUGAAAUAAAGAGCGAAAAGCAAGACAA